CAUUCGGAGCAAAUACGCCACCCGGAAAUUCUGCUGUCUCGUCCCAAGCAGCAUCGAGGGUCGGUCUACUGCCUGUCUUUCAAUGGUACUGGAGAGUUAUUAGCGACUGGAUCGAACGACAAAACACUUCGACUGAUGGCUUUCAACUCUGACGCUUGCAAGAUUGGUGCUGAAAUGGAGUUCAGUUCUCAUGAUGGUACAAUUAGGGAUGUGAUCUUCUUAGAAGAUACUGUUAGCAGGACUUCGUUGUUGAUCAGCGGUGGAGCAGGAAACUGUCAUCUGCAUGUCACCGACUGCCAUUCUGGUCAAAUGGUGCAAUCACUGCGAGGCCAUAACGCGCCGAUCCUCGGAUUAUUCACCUGGAACAGUGGUCCGAUGUUCGUCUCGUGUUCGCAAGACAAGACAAUUCGUUUCUGGGACGUACGUACAUCACAAGCCGUUAAUGUGAUCCAGCCGACCAACAAAGCGCACAGUGCACCGGUGACAUCCGUCUGCGUUGAUCCAUCCGGCCAAUUGCUCGUUUCCGGUCAUGAGGACGCGUCUGUGGCGCUCUACGACAUUACAGGAGGUCGCGUUCUACAGACUUACAGGCCUCACGGUGAUGAAGUACGAACAGUGCGAUUCAGCAACGCUGCCUACUAUCUGCUCUCGGCCAGCUAUGACAAGAGGGUUGUGAUAACGGAUAUGCGAGGCGACCUCAUGGCUCCUGCGCCAUUGACGGCUCUGAGU